CUCCCUCCCCCCUCCUCCACCCACCACCGACCAUCAUGAACACUUCCACCCUCCUCUCCCUCCUUCCCAACGCCGGCACAUACUCGGCAAGUCCCUCAUUUGGUGACUCGUCGGCCUUGGGACGUGCCUACGACUACGUUGGAGGUGCAUCCGACAACGACUCGGCAUCGGCAGGACAGUCGGCUCUGGAUUUUUCAUCCUACUCGUAUACCGACGACCUGGGCGCCUUUGGCGUCACUGGCCACUCUGGAGCAUCGCACUCUUACAACCCGCGCCAGGGCCAGGCAAACGGCCAGGCCGCUCAGACAAGCGCGUACCCCCACAGCCUUGUCCAGCCAGACUUUGCGGCACAGUACCGCAACGACCACGCCGGCGUCAUGGACGACCGAUCAAACGGCAAUCUCAUGAACGGCCACGGCGAGACGGCUCGUUUCCUCGAUCUCGAGAUCAACCAGCCCGGUCCAUCAACCUACCGCCAUGCUACCAACGGUCUCUACUCUGGAUCUGAAGCAUCGCAUGAAGAUCCCACCCAGGCCUACGUCGACGGCUCGGCCCAUGACGACGACCUCGUCAAGGUCGAGAACGGCAACGGCGAUGCAGAGGGCGAGGACGCCGACGCGGACAAUGAGGAGCCCCUCUACGUCAACGCCAAGCAGUACCACCGGAUACUCAAGCGCCGCCUCGCGCGCGCGAGGUUGGAAGAGCUGAACCGUCUCGUGCGGUCCCGAAAGCCCUACCUCCACGAAUCCCGGCAUCGCCAUGCUUGCUCGCGCCCCCGUGGCAAGGGCGGCCGCUUCCUUACUGCCGAUGAGAUUGAGCAGCUCAAGCGCGAAGAAACAGCAAAGGAAGCGGCGAGCGCCAACGGAUCAGUGUCGGGCGAGCCAUCCACCGACGGAUCGCCUUCAGAAGCUGCUCCCUCGACAUAGACGACAUCGCGGCGGCGCCGAGACACCUCAAUACCCUCUUCAUUAUCGUGUUACUUAGCCCCGGGCUCGACGACCCACCCACCACCCACCGCGUAGCCUCCUCCACCCCGACCUACCCUAGCGAGUAGUGCCGACUGCGCGACAGACUGCGCCUGUCACGUAUCUGCAUUACCGCCAACCCUACCCCAUAAUAGACAAGUCCACCUCGUGUGUGUACUUAUAGAGCGCUCGUAUGUGAGCACAUUACGAUGGCAUUUGGUGCAUAGUGCUGG